AAACUCCCAAUGUAAAUGCAGAGGUGGGAUCUUGUGAAGGUUGAGCACCAUAUUCCCAAAUUUUCGAACUUCCACCGGAACGCCUCCUCUCUCUCUCUCUCAAUCAAAUUUCUCUUCCAAGUUAGAGUAAAGAGAGAAACCAAACCUCCGAGGGUUCCAUCUCAUAACUCUCUUUCUUCACCUUCUUUCCUCCAUUCUCCCUCAAAUCUCAAUCAACAAUCACUUCCCCCCGAAACCCUAACCCUAACCCUAAAAAAAAGUAGUCAUAACAAAUGGCGUUUAAUCAGCCAGAAAAAGACGGAGACCAUGAACGCCGUCUCUACAACCCAUACCAAGACCUAGAAACUCCAGUCCAGAAACUGUACCAACUCCCAACCCAACCCGAAUACCUCUUCCAUGAAGAAUCUCUUCGACAACGCAGAUCUUGGGGUGAGAAUCUCACUUAUUACACCGGUUGUGGCUACUUAGCUGGCGCUUCUUCCGGCGCUGCUAAGGGACUUUUCGACGCACUCCAUGCUUUCGAGAAUGGAGACACCCUGAAGCUCCGUGUGAAUCGUGUACUUAAUACUUCCGGCCUCACUGGUCGACAGUGGGGCAACCGUGCUGGAGUUAUUGCUCUUAUGUAUGCCGGUUUUGAUACCGGGAUUGUCUGGUGGAGAGAUACCGAUGAUGUUUACAACAGUGUCGCUUCUGGCCUUGCUACUGGGGCUAUCUAUAAGGCUGCUUCUGGCCCUCGUGCCGCUGCCGUUGCCGGUGCCAUUGGAGGUCUCCUUGUUGGUUGUACUGUUGGGAUCAAGCACGCGCUCAAGAGAUAUAUCCCUGUUUGAUUCUAUUCUCUUCGCAGUUAAUAUUCAAACUCAAAACUUUCUUAAUUUUGAUCUGAUCAAUGAGUCAAUGAAAUGGGCCGUUAAUUUUGUGGUGUCAUACAGUUAGUAUAUCGUUUUUUGUUUCUAUUUCGUAGGUAUUACAGGCAUGAUUGAAAUGAAUGCUACUCUUUAUUAAUUAUAUUUUCGCUUUGUUUUGCUUGUAAUUCGUUAAAACAUUUUAGGUGCCUCAAUAAUAUUACCAGAAAAGCUUGGACUUUA